GGCGUAGAUAGAGGAUUAUUCUUACCAGGCAACGUGUAUAUGUUGUAGUUAAUUUUUUGUCUCAGUUAAUUUUGUUUUCUAACUAGUUAGUUUUUUUCUAACUAGUUAAUUUUUUUCUAACUCCUUUUUUUUAAACGCCCCAAAUUUGUCGCUUUCUGCACUAUAAUCUGAAUACCAAAAGAAAAAUCUAAUACAAAAGUACAGAAAAAUUUCCUGGCGACCAAUUUGGAAUAAGAUGUUUAGUGUUAAUCGUUUCUUGUCUAGCAUAGACUGAUUUAAAUUCUUUCACCAUUUAGCACAUACACGCUAAACCUUCUUGUCACAAAUUGAUGGAAAACUUGAGCGAUCAGCGGCUUCUCAUAAACCAACAAAACUCACGAUAUUUUUAAAUGGAGGUAUAUUAAUUUCAUUGUUUUACAGCUUUGAAACAAUAAACAAAUUCCACCGGGCAAAUGCAAUGGCUAUUCGCUAUUUGUACAUCUCCAAUAAUACACCAGAUGUUUGUCUCAUUUCUCUUGGUACGACUGUAAUACCUUGGAGAAUUGAAAAACAAAGGUUAUGCAAAACUUUAGGGACAAACAGUGCUUAGUUUCCGACGUGUUCUCCAUAAGAGGGGCGGUGGACUGACUUGUCGUACACUCCAGCCAGGUCUUCGAGGUCGUGCUUGGUCAGUACAAGUUUGUUAUAAGAUUGCUACACUGCAUCCUGCAUUUAAACGGUAAGAAGGUGUUAUUAAUUUAUAGGUUUACGCCAGCUCUUGCCCCCAAAAACGCUGACUUGAAAUUAAAGUAGUAAUAACGUGUUGAGGUCUGUCGAUAAAAAUCCUCUAGUGUGACCAUUGCAAUGAAAGCACUGAGCAGUACUUUUUGAGGUUUAUAUGGUUACUAUGCUGUACAAGUCGUAAAACGUGCACGUGGUUCUAACUUUUGUGACUGGAUAAAAUUUGAACUGCGACCAUUCACACCCAUGCACCAGCUAAGCAGACCGGUACAGCUCCGUUUGUUUUCGGUUUUUAAAGUAUGAAAUUCGCAUUGGGUAGUGGAUAUAAGAGCGACUCAAACGCAAGGACGGCAAGCUGCAAUAACGCAAUUCUUUUUUCCAUCCGUGUUACUUAGGUUUUAGUAAUUUUGACACAAUUUUAGUGGUAGCCUGCUGAAUUUACAGCACAUUUCACAAAACUAUUGACAAACGAAUUCCGAAAUUCCGGCUAUUUCAUUACGUAGUAGUUUUUCAACCCAACGAAGUUGAAUACGGGAGUUGCAAAGUUGUGAAUUUCACGUGCAAAGAUGUUGGAAAGUUGCGAAGUUCGUAGCAUUCGGUGUAGGUGGCUUGGUAAUUUGGUAUUUUUAAUAUCUACAAGUAGUUAUUUGUAAGAUGAAAAAUAAAGUUACAAAAAUAUAAACCACAUACGUCGACAAGCAGCUCAUUCAUAAUGUGUUCUGGUUCCCCGAUGCGCAUUAGAUCCCAAUAAUUGCAACUUUGAGGCCAACCAAAAAGGAAGCCGGCGUUUAGUUAUUCUGUUACUUGGGGCUUUCAAAUGAAGAUCAAUUAACGAAACUAAAUUGAAGAAACUAAUGGUAAGCUGAAUUUAUUAACUUCUUAACCGUUACUAUCUUGCAGUAUCAAAAAGUUAGGGUAGGCUCUUAAUUCAACGACAGUUUAAAUGUCAGUUUAAAUGUCAGUGGUCCAGUUUUAUAAAAUAAUGUUCUGUCUUUAUCUUAUAGGAUAUGUCAACUGAACAGAAGCAGAAGUACACCAAACACACACCUUUCAUUUGUGAAGUCAUUUACAAGCCGGUAGAAGGUGAAACGAAGGGGCUUUCUGACGUUCGUAACAUCACUGUUGUUCAAAAUGACUCGGACACCUACAAAGUGAAAGUCUACAACGUCGAAUCAGAGAUUCACAUGUUCCCUAUUAUUCCCGAUUCUGUGAAUUGCGAUCCUGGAGAGCAGAAGCCCACAGGAGAUAUGUGGACGCCUUGGUGUGAUAAUCAGCAAGCGCUUGAAGAAGGCCAUUACAUCCGCAUUACACUUUCAAAGAAGAAGGAGGAUGACCAUGUGUACCAGCUGUUCCAGUCAGGCCGGAAUGUCUACAAAACCGUCAACAUGGAUUACUCGCUUCGCGCUCACAUCGAAGGUAAUUACAACAUCAAGAAGGGAGAGUACAAGUUGAUUAUCACUGGCUCCAGCGUAGAAGACGUCAAGUUUACAUUUGAUCGAUACUAG